AUGUCUCUCGAAGAGAAGCUCGACAAGAUCCGAUCGCCAAAGCUUCAGAGUCAGCAGCAGACCCGUAUUGUCCUCUCCUCUCUGGAAGAUAUCCUUAAAGAUCAAAAAACGGCACAAACCCCGACUGGCUAUUUCGCAGGACUUCUCGCCUUACUCGGAAAGGCGACUUCCAGUGCCGGCGUGAAUAAAGAAUUGGCGACCUCAGUCGUCUACCUCCUCGAUGUCGUUACCCCAUAUGCCCCGCCGCCUCUCCUCCAGUCAAAAUUUUCCCAAAUCCUUACGAACCUCGCCCCGGCCUUGACUCUCCCUGAAGCCGAUGCGCCGCUGCUCAGACCCUCGAUAGGAUGUCUCGAAUCUCUGUUAGUAGCGCAAGACUCGGCGGCGUGGGAACUGUCACAUACACAGAUUGGCCCUCGACGGGCUGUAGCUGGACUUCUGAACCUGGCGAUGGAUCAUAGACCGAAGAUUAGAAAGCGGGCGCAAGAUGCCAUUAUGAAGGUCUUGAAGAACCCCCCUCCGAGCGUCUCCUUGGACCAUCCGGCGGCGGAUAUGUGCGCGGAGACUUCAUUGAAGAGUCUGAGUGAUCUUGUUGCGCAGUCGAGACAAGUGAAGAAGCAGAAGAAAAGCGAAACCGCGGACCACGAGCCAGCAUUGAUACAUGCCCUGCAAUUAGUGAAGACGGUAGCAUCGGCUUCAGGUGGAUGGCCGGCCAAGAAAAUCGAGUCGCUGUGCGAAGUGCUGCUCAAUAUUUCGAAGUCGUCCCACGAGUACAUGACUAUGGCCGCGUUUGAGGUUUUCGAAAUAAUUUUCGAGGGAAUGGCGGAUGAGACAUCGUCUUCGAAACUUCCUCGCCUUCUAGAAGUCAUUUCAGAGCUCCGACCAUCUCAAAACGAUUCGCAGCUGCUCCCCCCAUGGAUCGCUGUAAUUUCCAGAGGGUAUGAUGUUUCUGCGCAGAUUGAGCCAGAGGAGACUUUUCAAAAACUCCCAGAGUUGUUCAGCAUGAUUUCUGGAUUCUUAGCGUCGCCCGCGCACAACAUUCGAGUCUCCGCGUCCGAAUGUCUUGUUUCUUUCAUGGCGAACUGCAUACCAGACUCUGUUCUACUGGACCCCUCGAUAUUCGAUGAGAAGGUUUUGGAAAAGCUAGCGAAGGCAGCGAUGGAUCUACUGAGCGUCAAAUACCAGUCGGCAUGGAUGGAGACGUUCAAUGUCAUGGGUGCCAUGUUCGACGGCCUGCGAUGGCGAGCAGACCCGAUUCUGGCCGAUGUUGUCAGGACGAUCGGCGAGCUUCGUGGAAACGAGUCAUUCACCGGCAAGGCAGAGGCAAAUGAAAUCAUUGGCAAGGCCAUUCGAGCGAUGGGCCCUGAGCGCGUUCUCGAGAUCCUGCCCCUGAAUCUCGCUAAGCCAAGAGCUGGACAACCAGGACGUGCUUGGAUGUUACCUAUUCUACGAGACUUCGUUAGCAAUACCAACCUCCAACACUUCAGAUCCGAGUGCGUUCCUCUCAGUGAGGUCAUGUUCUCGAGGGUUCUUGCUCAUGGCGAAGCUGAGAAGACCAUGGAGAUUAAGCUGUUCGAGACGGUUGUGCAGCAGAUAUGGGCAAUUUUGCCAGGGUAUUGCGAUUUGCCUCUGGAUCUAACCGAAGCUUUCGAUCAGUCAUUUGCCGAGUUAUUGGCGAACUUGCUGUACCAACAAGCUGAUUUGCGUACCGAUAUCUGUAAGGGUCUCCAAUUAUUGGUAGACUCCAACCAUGCCAUUGUUGCAAUUGAGGAAGAGGAGGAUCUCGUGCUACAAAGCCGAGUCUCCAAGGCCACGGCUCAAAAGAAUCUUGACCACCUAUCAAAAUUUGCCAGCAACAUGCUCUCAGUACUGUUCAAUGUCUACAGCAAGACCUUGCCACAUCACAGAGGAUAUAUUCUGAGAUCUAUAAAUUCAUACCUGAGUAUUGUACCAUCUGCUGAGCUCAUGAAUACUUUCGAGUCACUCACAAAGAUGCUCGAGAAUUCUCUCACGGAAGGUGGAGUACAGACACAGGCCGAAAAACAGAAGCAGAAGCAGCAAAAUUCUGCAGAUAAGAUGCCCCCUACAAGUCACACUCUCAUGGAUUUGGUCAUUACAAUCUCGAUAUACCUACCCAGAGAAAGUUUCGUCCCUCUUUUCAACAUCGCCUCCGUAAUUAUUUCAAAGGAUGACGAUCCUCAACUGCAGAAGAAGGCCUACAAGCUCAUUCCUCGACUUGCUGAAUCCCCCGUAGGCCAAGAAGCUCUCAGCGAACGAAAUGAAGAGCUCCAACAACUUCUCGUAAACAGCGCUGAACAAGUUUCCGCUCCAGCCAAGCGAGACAGACUCACUGCAAUCUCAACUCUCAUUCCCUUCCUCCCCAACGACUCGCUCCACUUUAUCCCUGGUAUCCUCGCCGAAGUCGUCAUCUCGUGCAAGGAAGUCAACGAGAAAGCCCGCACAGCCGCUUUCGAUCUCCUCGUCCUCAUGGGCGAGAAGAUCGCCAACGCAACCGGUGCCAUGAUCCAAAAUGACAAGGUAGCACAUAUGCCCGACGACACGCCUCCCGUUCCCGCCACCCUCGAAGAAUACUUCACCAUGGUCGGCGCUGGUCUCGGAGGUAGCACGCCGCACAUGAACUCGGCUUGUAUCACAGCCCUGACCCGAAUCCUCUACCAUUUCCGUGAAUCGCUCCAACAAGAAACAAUCGCAGGUCUUGUCGAGACGAUGGACCUCUUCCUCACAUCCAACAACCGUGAGAUCGUACGCAGCGUGCUUGGUUUCGUGAAAGUCUGCAUCAUCAGUUUGCCCACCGACAUGAUGGUACCCAGACUCCAGACUCUUGUGCCGAACCUGAUGGUAUGGAGUCACGAACACAAAGCCCAUUUCAGAGCCAAGGUCAAGCACAUCCUGGAGCGCAUGAUCCGCCGCUUUGGCGUUGAAAUCGUGAACAAGUACUGCCCCGAAGAAGACAAGAAGCUCAUCUCCAACAUCCGCAAGACCAAGGAGCGCAACAAGCGUCACAAGGACGCCGCGAAAGCUGCAGGCGAGGGAAACGACGACGAAUGUGUAAAGAGAAAGGGGCGCUUCGAGUCCGAGUACGACGAGGCGUUACAUGGCAGCGAUAACGAUUCAGAUGGCUCGGAUGUCUCUGACAAUGAAGUCUUGGGCAAGAGCAGGAAAGCCGCUAAGAAGGGCGGCAACACCUACAUCGUGGAAGAUGAGGACGAGCCGCUUGAUCUUCUAGAUCGGAAAGCACUUGCCAACAUCUCGUCUACCAAACCGCUUAAACAGCGAGCCAUGGUUAGAACGAAGGCGAGGAUGGAUUUGGAUGGCAAACUGUUGCUUGGUGGCGAUAGCGACGAUGAGGAUGACCCGAUGGUUCUUAUCGCCCCUGGCGAGAAAGUGGAUGAGGACGAAGGGGGUGUGGGUGCUUACGUGAAGGCUAUCAAGGGACGGGAUGCGGUGCAGAGGGGACGUGGUGGCAGACUUAAGUUCUCGAAUAAAAGGGCCAAGGAUGAGGAUGAGGAGAUGGACCUUGACGAAGACGAGGUCAAGGCUAUCAAGAAGACUAUCGGAGGGAGCUCGAGGGGUAGUCUCACGGGUCGAGGAAGAGGAGGCGAUAGGGGGAGAGGAGGUCGUGGUGGGAUUACGAAUGGGAGAAGAGGGCUGGGUGAGGAGAAGAGACAUGGGGAUGGUAGUGGGUUCUCGAGAGGUGGCUCGAGAGGGGGCUCGAGAGAAGGUAGAGCAGGUGGUCGGGUCAUGAAAUCACCCAGGGGACGAGGUCGGAGGUAA